CCUUCAACCUUAUAGUAUAAUCAUUCAUCAUAUUUCAUCAUUAUUUCUCGUACCAUACCUCAAAUUCGUACAGAGUGCUAUGGAGAUUAUUUCAAUUUUAGUUUACAUCUUCCUUUUUCUCUCAACUAUCAUCUCUUAUCCAUUCUUAAAGAAGCACACUCAACACAAACUCAAAACCAAGCCUAAGCUUCCCCCAGGUUCAAUGGGUUGGCCUUAUAUAGGAGAAACUCUUCAACUCUACUCUCAACACCCUAACAUCUUCUUUGCUUCCAAACAGAGAAGAUAUGGAGAAAUAUUUAAAACACAUAUACUAGGAUGUCCUUGUGUGAUGUUAGCAAGUCCUGAGGCUGCAAGAUUUGUGUUGGUGACUCAUUCUCAUUUGUUCAAGCCUACAUAUCCUAAAAGCAAAGAGAAACUUAUUGGUUCUUCUGCAUUGUUCUUUCACCAAGGACAUUACCAUACUCGCAUUAGGAAACUCGUUCAAAACUCGCUUUCUCCUGAAUCAAUCAAGAAAUUGAUCCCAUAUAUAGAAACCCAAGUCAUUUCCUCCUUGGAAUCUUGGGUUUCUUCUGGUCAAGUCAUUAAUGCUUUCCAAGAAAUGAAAAAGUUCUCUUUCAAUAUCGGCAUCCUCUCUGUCUUUGGUAACUUGGAAGGAAAUUAUAGAGAGAAGCUUAAGGAGAAUUACAGCAUUGUAGAGAAAGGAUACAAUUCUUUUCCAACUAGGAUACCGGGCACUGCAUACUCUAAAGCACUUUUGGCGAGGCAGAGAAUUCAAGAAAUUAUAAGUGAAAUCAUUUGCAAGAAAAGGGAGCAGAGAUUGAUUGAGAAGAAUCUAUUGGGCCACUUGCUAAACUACAAGAAUGAAAAAGGUGAAAUGUUAAGUGAUGAGGAAAUAGCUGAUAAUGUAAUUGGAGUACUAUUUGCAGCUCAAGAUACUACAGCAAGUGUUCUUACUUGGAUUCUCAAGUAUCUUCAUGAUGACCCGAAACUUCUUGAAGCAAUUAAAAUGGAGCAAAUGUCACUAUACCAAGCUAAUGAAGGAGGGAAGAUGCCAUUGACUUGGAAUCAAACCAGAAAUAUGCCUAUUACACACAGGGUAAUAUUGGAAAGCCUAAGGAUGGCAAGCAUAAUCUCAUUUACUUUUAGGGAAGCUGCGGAUGAUGUAGUAUACAAGGGAUAUUUAAUACCAAAAGGUUGGAAAGUAAUGCCUCUAUUUAGAAACAUCCACCACAAUCCAGAAUUCUACCCUGCUCCUCACAGUUUUGACCCAUCAAGGUUUGAGGUUUCCCCGAAGCCCAAUACAUUUAUGCCAUUUGGCAAUGGAGUGCACUCUUGUCCAGGAAAUGAGCUAGCCAAAUUGAACAUGUUGAUUUUAAUCCACCAUCUAGUAACCAAAUUUAGGUGGGAGGUAGUAGGAUAUAAUCAAACCGGAGUUGAAUAUAGCCCAUUUCCAAUACCGAUGCAUGGUCUACCAACAAGAUUUUUGAGAGAUUAAUAAAACUCAAGGAAGAUUAGCUAGAUUCGUACAAGAUAUUUUCAUUCAUGUAAUUCUUAUAUAUUAAUCUAUCUAUGUAUGUCACAUUUGUAACUUUGAUAUUCCUCCUUAACCCUACCCAAUUCAACCUCAAGUUUUAUGCCGAGGACGCAUUUAGUCUCUAUUUUUCGAAUAACAUCAUUGUAAAGGGUGGUGGCAAGCCUAGCACACUUGAUUAAUCUCAUCCUGUAUCAUAGUUAGUGAUAGUAAUCUAUAUUUUUAUUUGU